UAUGUGAUGAAUUCGUUCGCUACUUUCGGUGCAACGAAAAAGGCCAACACGUAUUUUGUAGCCUCAGUUUAUUUCCACGAUUAUUUAUAGUAAUAUUUUUUACUGAUGGAGUUUCGUUCACACUACUCUCUAAAUAACUAAAAUGCGUUAAAUAUUUUACUGAGAACAAUUUUGGUAAUGCUCCCUCCGCAAUGUGCCUUUGAAAUUAGCAACGAUUUGCUGAAAAUCAAAUUGGGGCAAAAGUGCAAGAGAAGAAGAAGUAGGUGACUUCUUCCCGCGAUCCUAAUACACAAAUAUAAAAUCAAACAUGAUUAUCCACAUUUUCUCAGAUUAGAAUUAAAAGUACGACAGAACUGAUUCUUGGAUGAAGUGAAAAUGAUCACCGAAUGUUUCAGGGAUAAUUUCGGUAAUGACUCAAUUGUGGACUCGGCCACGGUUUUCAAGUACGAUCAGCUGGAAACUGAUACAAACUCCUCGGAACUAAGCCACGGCAGUACCUCGAGAGAACCGCAAUCUGUGCAGGAGAAGACAGCACUCAUUGAUUCGAAUUAUAUCGAAAGUAAGAUUAAAUGUCUCUUAAACGGAGAGCGUGCCGAAUUACAUUCAUCUGAAAAGUCAGAAAACGAAGAGAGUAGAAAAGAAAUUAGAGGAAUCCUGAUAACAGAAGAUAGCUGUAACGCGGUUGACCACAAAAUUUCGAAUUCUUUGGAAGAUGAGAAAAAGGUUUCUGUGGAGGAUCUUUCCUUUAACGGCAAAAUCAACUGCUUUAAUGGUAAAAUGUCUGACACUAGCCCGCGCAGCAAUGCCGAAAAUGUAGAAUUGAAUCAUAGCGACGAAAAGUUGCGUAGAGAUAAGUUUAAUGAAUCAUUUGAAAUGCUAACAAAGGAAAACAGUUCAUUAAUGCAUUAUACGAAUGAAAAAUCUCCGGAUCUUUUCGAUGACGAUGACAGUGCUGCAAAUGACCUGAAGUCAGAUACGGAAGAUAUACCCUUGGAGGAUAGAUCGUUCAACACGUCGAUUCUAAGUAGUAGCAUUGCCAAUUCUGCAUGUCCAGCAGCAGAAAUUGAAAGAGUUAUACUGAAACGUUUACAAGGUUCCUUGUCUGGCGUUUUACCACCUCCGUCCGUGACGUUCUCCAACAUCGAUGUUAACCGAAUGUUAACACUUUACCGGGAGAAUGAAGCACGGUAUGUUUACCGACAUGAUCAGCCCACACAGGAAUCAAAGGAAGAAUUGAAUGAGUCCAGCGUACUUUCAAAUUGUUUAAGUAGACCAACUCACACGCGAUCAGAUAUUGAAAUGCUUGGUUGGCCCGAAUUGUUGAUGGCCAAAGGAUACGGAUUGCAUUACAAUCGAUCUACGGUUUCGGAAAAAAUUGAAUUGUUGGGAUUGAAAUACAUUGAUCGAUACAUAGGAGCUGAAACUAGCUCUACAUUCAACAUAACUCAUUCGCCGUCCAGUUCAAAGAAGCGAAAUCUACGACUGAAAAUGCUUAAUCAGUCACCGGGUCGCCGGCUGAGUCAUUUGGCACGACGUCGAGCAAUUUUCUCUUCAGCUAAUCUUCUCUGCAGCUCCGGUUCUACGACGAAAUCUGCCUCAAUGACUACGAGUCAAACAAAUCCGCUUCGUUUGUGCAAUAGGCAAAUUCUGCUGGAUCCAAAGAGCAAAACCAAUCGGCGGAAAAGUAAAGGACGAACGCCGAAACGUCGCACACCAAGCCGUCGUAAUACACCACGCAGAAAAACGCCCGGUUCCUCAGCAAAGAAACGUGUUAUGAGUUUACCUGUGACGAAGUUAACCCAACAUCCUGUUAGCCGAGAAACCUCCAAGCGUGCUCUUUUUCAGAGCCCUUCAAAUGAUAAUUCAAAGCCAGAACCUUUGCACAAACCCGGAAUCAGCAGUGUUUUGACGGAUAAAAUUCAGAAAUCUAAGCGAGCCCUAUUCUCACCUCCCAAACGCAUCCAUCGAUUCGCAUCAGUUUCCAUUCGGCAAGAUUCGUCAGUUAAAGAGUCGUUGAUGUCAUCGCAACAGUACGGAUCAACAAACAACAUUGAUAUGCUGCGUGAGCAAACUAUCGAACGUAUCGGGAAGAGAAGACGAUCCAUCGAUGAAGAGGAGAAUGUAGACGCAGUGCCGUCGGUGAAAAUGCCCAAAUUGGAUAAAGAGGAUCUAACGCCUAGAUCAUUGAAGUUUGCUAGGAGUCAAAGUUUCUGUGUGGGUUCUCAGAAUCUUAACACAAAAAACGCAUCCGAGUCGGGCCUAUGUGGCAAAUCAUUAUUCAGAGCUAACUCAGAAGUGGCUUUUCCUGACUCCGUUGCACGACCGGUAACAACAUUAUCGGAAAAUCAUAAAAAGAAAUUGCUGUGGGCAGUAUCACAAUCACUACAGACGAAGCAGAUCUCAGUGAAACAUGAAAGCUUUAAGCACUAUGCUUCUAACCUGGCGAGAGUUGUUAGGCGCUUAUUUUUAGAGUUUGAUACCCAAUUAGUUGCUAGUACAAGUGAGAAGUUGUUGCGGCUAGCCAACAAGCACGUGUUCGAAGUGAUACAAGGUAACAGCGUAGAUGAUAUCUACCUCAGAGAGAAGACGCGUAUCAUGAGUGCGAGAAACAUCUCCAAAUUGCAGGGCUACAUCGGCCCCGAAGAAUAUGAACAACGGAACCGUCUGCUGAAACGGAGCACCUCCAUCUGUACCGCAACAUCAGAAAGCUCCAACGAUAGAUCGCCGUUUAUCUCCUCAAGCCAACAAUUAAGUCAAAGUUCCAUCUUUUCACAAAGUUCAGAGUUUUUAAACCAAUUGUCGCAAACAUCAGUCCGUAGUAGUCAAGUUGUAUCAAGCACAGCACCCGUUGCUGUUGCUACUGAUUCGACUAUUUCAGAAAAUACAAUUCUCCGGGAAAAUGUUAACAACGAGCAGAGACAAAAAUCGGCACAAAAACAGAUUUCAUUCUCCGGCAAAGACCAAAAGAAUCUUAGUCCUUAUGCUGACAGCAAGGCAGGUUCUCAGGCUAAAACAAAGAUUCUUGUCGGAGGAAUGGUUACCUCUAGCAUAAUGAAAGCGAAAAGACAAAUUUCAUUCGAAUAACAGAAUGCGGUAUGAUUAAGUCGUUUAUAGUGAACCGUAAGUUGAUGAAUUAUGGUUUAUUUUCCUAGAUUUUGUUUUGUAAUUCAGUCUAUUUGCGUUCAAUAGCAACAAAACCAUGCGUAGAAAUCGUGUCACUUCUAAAUUAUUUUCUUAUAUUUUCAACAUAGUGUAAGGUGGGGCAUUUUUCUUCGAAAAUAAAGAAUUAUUAACUUAUUAA